CGAGGUGAGGACGUUUGGUGGCCGAUUAAAAAAAACAUGAAAACAUAAUGUCGUUUCAAAUGACUUUAUUAUAGUUGCUGUAUUCUAUUGACCUUGGCUAUUUUCUUUUUGUGUGAGGUCUGUCUGACUCCCUGUCCUUCUGCUGAGUAAUCAGUGUCCUCACCCUCACCUGUGUCCUGUGAUCACAUGUUCAUUUGUCCCACUCAUGUCACCUGUUGUCCUGGCUUUAUAUAUAGUACCUCUCUCCAUCACUCAGUCCCUGUCAGUUCAUUGUGAUGGGUCUAUGGUCCCUGUGCUGUGGUCCUAUGUACCUCCUUCUUCCUGCUCUAAUUCCUGUUGUUCCUGCCUUGUCCUGUUUAAAGUUCACUGAAUUUCUGGAGCCGUUUGAGCGAGUGAUUCAACCGGAGGAGCUAUGGCUUUACAAGAACCCACUGGUCGAGUCCGACCACAUUCCCAAGAGGGUCAUGUUUGCAAUCUCAUUUCUCACUCCGCUGGCUGUGAUUUUCGUGGUGAAGAUAAUUCAGAGGACGGACAAGACGGAAAUCAAGGAGGCAUGUUUAGCCGUUUCUCUGGCGCUGGCCCUGAAUGGAGUCUUCACCAACACCAUCAAGUUGAUUGUUGGCAGGCCCCGGCCUGAUUACUUCCAGCGUUGCUUUCCAGACGGACACGGGAAUGCAAAGAUGCCAUGCACCGGGGAGCCGGAUCUAGUCUCAGAGGGACGCAAAAGCUUUCCCAGCAGUCACUCCUCCUUUGCUUUCUCUGGUCUGGGCUUCACUUCCUUCUAUCUCGCUGGAAAGCUGCAGUGUUUCACCGACCAGGGGCGGGGGCGUAGCUGGCGUCUCUGUGCCAUGGUGCUUCCCCUUUACAGCGCCAUGAUGAUCGCACUGUCCCGGACCUGUGACUACAAACACCACUGGCAAGAUGCCUUUGUUGGAGGAGUGAUCGGGUUGUUGUUUGCUUACAUCUGUUACCGCCAGCACUACCCACCCUUUCUGCACAUGGACUGCCACCUGCCUUAUGCCAGUCUGGCUGCUGCUGCCCACGGACCAUCGUCUCCACGGGAUGACCCACAACCAACCAACAACGCCACCAGCCUUCCCCUGGAGGGCUUGACUGAAGGGCCGGUAUGACUAGUGGCCACCACCGAGACUCCCCCCAACACCAUCACCAAACCACCAAGCCCACCCCCCAUUCCCAGUGAUUGACUUGUUUACAUUCCAGGGGACAAUGAAAUACCCAUACACUUUAACCUAGUCUCGGUGGCACUUUCAUUCUCAGUUUUCUUUGUUUUAUUAUUAUUAUUAUUAUUAUUUAAUAUUAUUCUUUUAUAUCCGGUUCUUGCUCAGCGGCUGUGAAUGUUUAUAUAUGUGAUGUGUGAGAGGAACCUCAGAAUAUGGGACAUCGCCACAUAGUGGGUGGAAAGAAAACACAGAAUCUGAAAAAUCCUAUAAAAGUAUCACAACAGUCAAACUGUGCAAUCAAAGUAUUGUAAAAUAUUUAUUUCCAUGAAUAUGUGUAAAAUAUUAGCAAGAUAAAAACUAAAGAGACACAGGAGCCUUGCAUGUGCUUCAGUUAGACUGAGGUACUGACAUGAACUAUGAACUCUAAUUCUAAAAGAAUUGAUUGUACACUUUCAAAACAUCCAUCUAUCUAUCCAUCCAUCCAUCCAUCCAUCCAUCCAAUUCAUUAUAAAGUUUGUCUCCUGACAGUAGGACGUGUUUCUUUGAAACAUUAACUUUGCAUUGAUACAUUUACGUCUAUGAAAAUCCCCUUCUAGUUUUCUGCACUCAUUUUUAAUAUCAGCCUAUUAUAGUAUUAUCACUUUGGCAAGUUGAAUCUUAUCUGACCACAGUUACGAUGGCGUCUUGAGCUCCAUUUGGGUCAGAGGUCAUACCUUUUCUUUAUUCACUGUUUCAACAUUCCUGCAUUAGCUCCUGUGGUUUGCAUGUAGCUUAACAAGUGCAAUCAAUAACAGGUUGUUGGAAAUGAUGUUGCAUAAUGGCAUCUGGACAGACCCAGCAUCCAAUUUGGACCUGCAUUAAUUCUCAUUAAGGGAGGUCAGUCACCACUGCUUAAGAAGACAUUAGGACUAAAUAAGAGGACAGAGACCUGGCCUGGCAUUAGCAGUAGCUCUCAAUCCUCUAAAGCCCUGUAAAGGGAUGAUCUAACAUUCAGCAGAUGACAGUCCUUAACCUGAAAGGGCAAUUUUUGAUGUUCUGAUUCAUUGUUGCUGCUUCACUUAGGGACAGUGAAUCAGUGAAAAGACAGCAACUUAUUAUUUAUAAUUUUUUUUUUUGGAGUAGUGUACCCUUCUAGGCUUAAUGAUCACAGAUAAGACACAGCCAAAUAACUGGCUCCCCAUUAUCAGAACAGCUAUUUAUAGUCUCUUCCAAGUUGUUUUGACAGGAAGGUAAUUCAGUCGUAGAUCGUACAUGGUCCUAAAGGCAACGGACUAAAACAACCUCUCAGCAGCAUGAUGUGAAAUGACCAUCAAACUUGAGGUAAAAACUAUGGUGUAACUGUUCUAUCCUGUCAGAAAUGCACAUUAUAUUUUUACAUCACCAUCCUCCCUGUUCAAAACAUGUUGAUUUUAAAAAAAGCUUUACUUUUUCUGUCUGUAGCUUCAACUGCUCUUUGCUUCAUUUUUUUGGCUUUGGGAUGAAAACAAAAACCCAUUGUUUGUAUGUCGAUUUUAAUAUGAAAUGACACAAAUCCAAGCAUGAUCGGAGCAUCGUAUUGGCAGAAUUUUAAAACAAUGUAUAGUUGUGCGUAUAUGUGUGUGCGCCAUAUAUCAAUGCAAUACUGAAAUGUAUCUUGGCAUGGAGUCGGUGACUCAUGACUGGGGGGAGAUGCUCCACUCUGCACAUCAGACUCUGACAGGACUGAGACUGAGAACUGACUAGAGAUAAAGAUUCUCUCUAAACUGCUGCGAGUAGAGAGUCUUUCAGCACAGCCCGGAGAUCGCUGACUGGAUUCUUGACAUCUUUGGGUAAGUUUGGGGAAUUCAAUUAUUCUGUUAGGGAAGUGUUGUGUUACGUUGACCUGCAUUUGUGUGAUUUGGCAGGCUGACGGUUGUAUGUAGUUUCCUGGUAGAUGUUGCAGUGUGUACUGAAAAAAGAAAAAACUGUUGUUAAGAAAUUAUGUCUGUAAGAAUACUUGGCUAUAUACGUAUAUUUUCCUGAAGAUCACAUUAUGUUUUGAUUUAAUUUGGUGCUAUAGACACUUUUUUAGCAGUAGGUUCUAAUAUAAAUGGUUAAAGUGUCAGUCGGAGGUAGAGGUGCAGUCAUUUUCUACAGAAACAAAACAACAACAAUACUACAACAGUGUUAUGCUCACAAAUACAAUCAUUUCAGAAUACCACGAACUGAUGGCAGAGAAAUUCCUGAAAAACAAAGAAUGCUGCAGUUAUUUUUCAUCACAUUGAGUAGAUGUCUGAAGAGAAAAAGGAAUGUAUUAAAGACUAUGUGUUCAUGGCAUGCCAGUUCCAUUUGUGAGAAAAGACGGUUUUCUAUGACAACGCAUGUCUUGCCUUGAAAACACUAUGAGCUGUGUUUCGCUGUUUCUAUACUUUAUGUACAAUAAAAGACUACAGCUGUGUGAAAGGUGUCAAUCAACAAACAAACGGUGCAAUAAAAGGUGCACGUGUAACAUCAAUGUCUACAUGUACACACAUGCAUCCUGCAAAGUCAUGUUUCAUAAAAACGUCGACUACCAGGUCAUGUUACAUAGCAUUUGUGAUGAUAUUUGGAGCAUGUUAAAGACUGCUUUCCUGUUUCACUUUUUCACUGCAUGGGCUGUUUGAUAAUCUAUUUGUAGAAUAUAACUUAUACAUUAUAAUUAGAACAACUGACCCUAUCAGUGUCGUUAGUGAUUGUAUAAACAUUACACACAACAAUGUUAGUUUUCCGCAUUCGACCAACCCUUCAGUGCUUACUCAACUCAUCACACCCAGCCAGGAUUCAAACCUGUAGACCUCUGACGUUAAGGCUGAUCCUUCUGCCACUGGGCCGCAGAAGACUCUUCAGUACAGCUCUUUUUUGUUGAUAAAAUCAGCCUUUGUUGCACAGAUGUUUUCACAGGGUCAGGAUCUUUUUUCAGUGUGUAAUCUGUAUCUGGCUCACUUUAGUUCUACUGAAUCCUUGAAAACAGAAAGGCAUUUUAAUGAAUGCUAAUGCCGGCAUACUUACGAUAGUCGAGCUAAAGCGAGCAUCUGUACAAGACUCAGCGUUGACCUUUUUCAAUCAGCAUUUAGCCCUGAGUGUUAGAGCUGAAGGUAAAGAAGGUGCCGGUGUUAUUGCUCAUACUUAAAAGUAGAACAUAAAUCUUGGAAUUGAAAGUGAAAAAAAUGAUUUUCUGUUGGGCUUUAAAUACAGGUCAGGUAAUUUCUUCAAGUCAAAUCAUUCUGUUCUGUAAGGCAGUUUUAUCACGUUUGCAGUAAGUACUGUAGUAUUUUGCCAUGCAGACACGCAUUCAAUACAAAUACUAAUCAGCAGCUAAAAUAUAAUUAUCAUGUCUUCAAUUGUUGACCUGAAUAUAAAAUUAAUAAAGCAACUCUGA